AUGAUCGGCACUGGAACAGCACCUGGCGCACCCUCCUCACCCGACCACUCGGAUUCGGAGGGGGAGUUCGACCUCUUUAACGACGAUGCAGACUCUGCAUCGACCGAUCGCAAACAGCAGCUCCGGGACCGCGCGGACCAAGCCCGACGUGCAAAGCUUGCUGAGCUUCCCCCCUUCUCGGAACGGACAUGUGCUCAGAACCGGGCAGCCUACAUCCUUACACCGGUGCGGCGUCUUCAACCCACCAUUUUAGCAAACAUAUUCAGUGUUCAGGACUGCGAGUUGGUACUCAACUCGGUUGCCGACUACGUCCAGCGGCAGGGUGGACUGCAGACCGACCGGCACGAGAGGUUCGCGACUACGGACGUGCCUGUGUCAGAGUUGACGCAGCAUUUUGGCGACGGCGACGCAUCUGUUAUUGUGAAGAAGACUGUCAGCGAUGUCACCCAGGGAUGGGUUUCAGAAAGAAUCUUAACCCGAAUGGCCAGCGCGGCUGGGUUUAGACCUCAGGAUCUUGGCCUGCAGGAUUUGUUCGUUGUCUGCUACGCCGGGUCAGAGGAGGCGACUGCUACUAGGAAGCGGGUAGAUGUGUCAGUAUAUCCUAUUCCCUCGAAGCAGGCAUCGCUCUCACUCCACAGUGAUGGGUGUCUAUUGAGUUUCUCACUCCUACUUAAUCAUCACGACGCCUUCAAGGGUGGCGGCACGUUCUUUAAGGGGAGUGGUAAGACCUUUCGUGUGAAGCAGGGCGGGCUGCUCAUGCAUGACGCUGGACUGGAGCAUGCCGGCGCCGGAAUCACAAAGGGACAGAUGAUCAUUCUCGUCGGCUUUGUGGAGACUGUUGACGUGCUGAAGAACAAGCAGCGCUGGCAAAAGGAAAGCAUUCUUCAGCGACAGGGGAGGCGGAUUCCGAAUGAGUAG